AAAACAAAAAUGUAGUUCAACCAGCGAACUAUAUUUUAAUCGCGAUUUUUUCAGUUUUUCAAAAAACACGAUCUGCGCCAAUGAAACGAUUAAACGCCGAUCAACAUGAUCUAUUUUAUUACUUUUUGUGUUGGAUUAUUGUACUCUUUUUAUUGCUUGAAGCACUGGGCCCUCAAAGGAAUUCCCGAUUUACAUUUAAAAUACCCCUUCGUGUCUCUGUUGUACCUUGUGCACGGUCCUAGCGUCGUAACCAAAUCUAAUAUGAUCGAUCACUACCUAGAAAUGAAAAGCAAGGGAUACAAAUAUGCGGGGAUAGCGACUUCGAUUCGAUCGGUUUUGAUCGUAAAAGACCUAAAACUUAUUAGGGAUAUUCUAGUUAAUAAUAAGGACCACUUUGAAGACAGAGGUUUUCACUACACUGAUAGGUAUGAACCAGUAAUACAGGAUAUCGUGGUCCUGGACGGCAGAAAAUGGAAGCAAAUGAGAUCCAUCUUGAACCCCCCCGUUUUAAGCAAAAAGCUGAAGCCUUUAUUUUGGAGUAUUUUGGACGUUACCCCCUAUCUUAUCGAAGCUAUUGAUGAUUGUGCCUUAGAAAAGAGAGACAUUAAUGCGAAGGAAUUAUUUGCUUGCUUUACGACCGACGUCAUCACACACCACUGCUACAAAGUCAACUGCUACAGCUACAGACGGUCAAGUUCGAGGUUUUGCAAAUGUCAAUCGGACAGGCUGUCUUCGAUGGGUUUAAGAACUGCAGAAAAAAGCGUAUCGAGUCUGCUGUACCGCACGAUAAGGAAAUACAUUAAAUAUCGGGAAACCGGCGAUUAUAAACACAUCAAUAUUUUCUCUUUGAGUUUUUCCAUGCAGGAUUGGUCAAAGACUCAAGACGAACCCCUCUUACUAUUUCAAAUUGUCGGUAAGGUAAAUCUAUUUUUCUACUACAGUUUCGACACCUCUUCAACCACUCUGAACUUCGCCAUAUACGAGUUGUGCAGAAAUCCCGACAUCCAGGAAAAAGCUAGGGACGAGAUUAACGACACUUUGGAACGUCACGAUCACGUUAUAACUUGGAAAAGUUUAAGAGAUAUGAAAUACCUAGACCGGGUAAUUGACGAGACCCUGAGAUUGUACCCCCCAGCCGCCAACCUGGUAGAGAUUUGCGAGAGGAAAGGUUACAAACUAGGGGAUACGGGCAUAAAUAUAUCUACCCUAACCGAUAUAGUGGUUCCUCUGUUUUCUUUGCAUAGAGAUCCCGAGUAUUUCGCGGAUCCGGAAAAGUUUGACCCCGAGCGGUUUGACGGGGGUAAGAAGGAUAAGAAUCCUCCGUUUUAUAUGCCUUAUGGGGAGGGACCUAGGGAAUACGAAAGCAUUCAGGCGUGUACGAUGCAAACGAAAAUCGGCCUGGUGCAAAUUCUGAGGAGGUUCAGACUGAGUAUUAGCUCGAAGACUCGUCUGCCUCUAAGACUGAAUCCGCAAGCAUUCCUAAAAUGUGACGACACUUUAUACAUAAACGCAGAAAAAAUAUAAACUUUAAUA